UAAUACAAAUUAGCAAAUAAAGUUUUUAACAAAAAGCUAUAUAUAAACAAAAGAGAGCAUGCAAGUCCGUAACUUUAUCGCCCUAAAUUCUAACAGAAAAGACAAUCUUUCAUUGUUAUACAGCUUAUUUAUUAGAACUAGACAACAAAACUAAAGAUUAGAAAAAAAAAAAAACAGAGGAAAAGAAAAGGGGGAGAAAUAACUUCUUCUUUUUAAAUGGAGAUGGAGAAGUAACAUGAGAUUGACUUACCUUUCAGAAGAGAAAAUUUGAAUAAGAAAACAAUAAACUAUUGACCGUUAUCUCUCUCUCUCUCAGCUUUAGACAUUUCCCACUCCACCUUUCUUUUAGCCUUAUAAGCCAAGUUUGUUCAUAUCAAACACUAUAAAUCUACAGCAAUUGCAGACCCUCAACCUUUCAUACAUUGUUACAAUGGCAUCAACUUGCAUUCAACUCUCCCUCUCUUUUCUCUUGCUUCUUCUCAUCUCACAAUUCUCAUGGGCAACAUAUGCAGACAACCACCUUCACUUAUCUUCAGCUGCUUACUUCCCAAAGCAGCAAGCAGAAAAGCUCAUAAAAAGCCUCAACUUGUUCCCUAAAGACUCCAUCAACAUUGCCCCCAAUGACCCUUCAUUUGCAGCCCCCACGAUUGUAGAGAAAUCGUUUAGUUUCCCUUCUCUGGGUUACUCUGGCCCUUCAGUCGCAGAUCUUGGUCACCAUGCUGGUUACUAUAGUCUUCCACAUUCCAAAGCAGCAAGGAUGUUUUAUUUGUUCUUCGAAUCAAGAAACAACAAGAACGACCCUAUUGUCAUAUGGUUGACUGGAGGGCCAGGGUGUAGCAGUGAACUGGCAUUGUUCUAUGAAAAUGGUCCUUUCCACAUUGCAAACAACUUGUCUCUAGUGUGGAAUGACCAUGGCUGGGACAAGGCAUCAAACCUUCUGUUUGUGGACCAGCCUGUUGGAACCGGUUUCAGUUACUCUGCCGAUGAGCAUGACAUUCGCCAUGAUGAAGGUGGCGUUAGCGAUGACUUGUAUGACUUUUUGCAGGCAUUUUUCAAGGAGCAUCCUCAAUUUGCUAAAAAUGACUUCUACAUAACUGGAGAAUCAUAUGCUGGGCACUACAUUCCAGCAUUUGCUGCUCGGGUUCACCAAGGAAACAAAGCAAAAGAAGGAAUUAAUAUAAACCUGAAGGGAUUUGCUAUUGGUAAUGGGUUAACCAAUCCUGAAAUCCAGUACAAAGCAUACCCUGAUUAUGCACUGGAUAUGGGGUUAAUUAAAAGUUCUGAUUACAAUAGUAUUAACAAGAUGCUUCCAGCAUGUGAACAAGCAGCAAAAAACUGUGGCACUGAUGGUGGAGAUGAUUGUGUAAAUUCAUAUGUGGUUUGCAAUGACAUAUUCAAUCAGAUCAUGAACAUUGCUGGUGGUAUAAAUUACUAUGACGUUAGAAAGAAAUGUGAGGGGGACCUGUGUUAUGAUUUCUCGAGCAUGGAGACAUUCCUGAACCAGAUGUCAGUUAGGAAUGCUCUAGGGGUUGGGGAUAGAGAAUUUGUUUCAUGCAGUAGCGAUGUAUAUGAUGCCAUGCUGACUGACUGGAUGAGGAAUCUUGAAGUAGGUAUUCCUGCUCUUCUAGAGGAUGGAAUCAAGGUGCUUGUGUAUGCUGGGGAGUAUGAUCUCAUAUGCAACUGGCUGGGGAAUUCAAGGUGGGUUCAUGCCAUGGAAUGGUCAGGACAAAAACAGUUUGGGGCAUCCCCAACUGUUCCAUUUGUAGUUGAUGGUGCAGAAGCAGGAUUGCUAAAGAGCCAUGGGCCUCUCACUUUCCUCAAGGUCCAUGAUGCUGGUCAUAUGGUUCCAAUGGAUCAGCCUAAAGCUUCACUACAGAUGCUGAUGAGCUGGAUGCAAGGGAAACUAACCAUGACUGAGACAGAAGAUAGGGUUGCUCCCAAGUGAUGGCCUCAACAAACCCAGCAUCCUCUUUCUAGCAUGUACCUACAUUAAUGGAUUUCAGGAAUGGUAUCCGGGUAGGACUGAUUGUGAUAUAUUUGUCCACCAGUGAUUUCAAGGUCUUGUUUUCAACAACUCCUUAAAAAUUUUAUUGCUAGAAUGGAGUUUUCUGAGGAACAGUUCAUAAAGAUUAUUUUGGACAUAUGAAUGUUCAGUGAAUACACGUUUACCAUCAUAUAUGCCAUACAUUAAUUUGGCCUAUA